UACAGUUAACGCGCGAAGUAUUCAAAGUAGUGAUAGUGCCAUAAUGUGUCGUGAAUGUUAAACGAACUAAUACCUAAACUCCUCAAAUCUAUAUAGACAGUAAAUAAAAGCUGCGUAUAAACGGCUUAUAAAAGAAUUAUUUUCGUAUAUAAUGUGCUCAUUGAAAUAAUAAAAAUGGAAUACAAAGAAAACGGUGUAAUCGAGGAGAGUGUUGCAAAAAAGACGGGUUGUUGGGCGAAAUUCAAAAGCCUUUUCGACGAUCGAGGCUUCGAUUUGGAAUACGAGUACAAUAAUGGGCAUUCCGCAAAUAUUUCCACAAAUAACACAGAGGACGGGUAUAGGCGAUUAGAGGAGAGGAUUUCUAUAAGUACAGAGCAGGAGAUCGUCAAUAAUGAUGGGGACUUGAGUGGGGUUAUUAAUUUUUAUGAACAAUUCGCGGCAAUAAGCGAUGAAGUGAAAGAGGAGAGUGCGGAAAUGCGGAGACGUUCUUUGGCUAGAAAACGUGUAUCAAUGAGACCGAGUGUAUUAUUGACUAAUAUACUUGAGGAGUCGGCUGAUAACGAGUCUGAUAAGCCUGAAGAGAACAGAUCACCACCACCAGCGCCAAUUCCGUCAGCAAUCUUCUACGCACCGCCGGAACCUCUAGAAUUACUAUGCGUGUUCCCCGAACGUGCAUCCCGCGUGUGCGCCGCCGCCUGCAAUGCAGUUGCGCGCGCUGGCGGCGAAGCGCGAUCCGUGCGAAGCGCACGGGAAGCUCUGGAAGCUUUUCGCAGAGAUCUAGAAACGCGGAUUCCGCAUGUCGUCAUUGUUGAUGCACGGCAGCCGCAAAUUAUGGAUGCUACCUUAUUAGCUAGAGCAAUACGAGGGCUGAAAAACACACAACACACCGUUUUGAUUGCAGUCGUUAAAAAAAGUGCGUACCUAAAGGAUGAUUUUGCUGUUCUACCAUAUUUGGAAGCAGGCUUCAACAGAGUAAUGGUUGAAACACUGGGGUCUACCGCUUGGUGCGCUGAAGUGUUGCAGGCUCGGUCAGCAGCGGCAAGUGCGCGUGCGCAGGUCGCCGCCGUCACUGCUCUCGCAGCUGCUGCAGAUCGCUGCAGGGACCUCGUUGCCGUUACUGACGACCAGCAGAGGGUGCUUCUCACAAAUAAAUCCUGGUGCCGGGUCGUCGGAUGGAGGAAUGAUGAAGGGCCGCGAUCUUUUGCGGAAACCAUCGGAGGCGAAGGCCUACGGCUGGCUACGAGUGGAGCGAGGGACUGGGACGCACCUGUUAUGCUCAGGCGGAGGGCGUCUCCGGACCCCGUUCUGUUGGCCUGCAAAGGAACUGCUGUAUCGCUGACACGAAGUACAUCUCACAUAGUUUUCGUCUGCGAACCCAGUAAUAUACCGGAAGUCGAGCGUGGGCGUGGUUCACUGCACUCCAUCAGACGCGGUUCUCUCGAUGUACGAUCUGUAGCAUCAGAUGGCUUAAGACGUACAUCGCUGGCUAAACUUCAAGGCCUGCCUUUAGAAGCUCCUAUUACAAAGGUGAUAUCGCUUCUGUCUACCGCGACAGAAGGUGCUCCACCAUCAACAGUGGCGUGCAUAGAGCGUGCAGUUGACAUGUUGAGGACUUCAGAACUGUACUCCCCUCAGAUGAGAGAAGACCCGAAAAUGCGGGCAGAAGACCCUAUCGCCACGGAUCUCAUUGGAGCAUUGCUUUCGCGGGAGCAAGUGAACGCAAACCUUAUUUAUAUGGGUACAUCCAAUGUAUUGUCAUCGCGAAGAAGUAGCAAUGACUCAACAGUAGUUAGGUCGCAGACAAAUAGGAGCAACUUAAAACAUAAGCAAUCGUUACAGACGUCAGGACAACUCAGGGAGAUCCUGGAUACAGCCUUAUGUUGGGACUUUGAGAUAUUCCAUUUAGAAGAUUUGACCCGUGGAAGGCCUUUGACGCAUCUGGGUCUGACCUUGAUGGGAGGAAGGUUCGACGUCUGCGCAGCUCUCGAAUGCGACGAGAGGACCCUGCUUCAUUGGCUGACAAUCAUUGAGACAAAUUACCACGCAGUUAAUACGUACCAUAACUCUACACAUGCUGCAGAUGUCUUACAGGCAGUGGCAUGCUUUAUAGAGAAGGACCGUCUAAAGAACCUUCUGGAGCCUCUCGAAGCUGCAGCUGCCCUGAUCUCUGCAGCAGCCCACGACAUCGACCACCCUGGGACCUCAUCGGCCUUCCUCUGCAACGCUCGCCAUUCGCUCGCCAUACUUUACAAUGACGUCGCCGUGCUUGAGUCUCAUCAUGCUGCUCUUACUUUUAAACUCACUCUUAAUGACGAUCGCGUGAACAUAUUCAAGAAUCUCGACCGUGACACGUUCAAGUCAGUGCGGCACAACGUCAUCGACAUGAUUUUGGCCACGGAGAUGACCAAGCAUUUUGAGCACUUGGCCAAGUUUGUCAACGUCUUCUACGCGAAGAGCACUGGUAGCAAAGAAGACGGAAUGCACACUGACGAACCACUAUCGUUGGACACAACGGCUCUGACGUCACAGGAGAACGUGAUCUUGGUGAAGAGGAUGAUGAUCAAAUGCGCUGACGUAUCUAAUGCCUCCCGACCUCAAAAGUUUGCGUUUGAAUGGGCCAGAAGGAUAGCAGAGGAGUACUUCCUCCAAACAGACGAGGAGAAGGCUAAAGAGCUCCCAGUGGUAAUGCCUAUGUUUGAUCGCGCCAGUUGCUCCAUCCCGCGCUCUCAGAUCGGAUUCAUAGACUAUAUUAUUAUUGACAUGAUGGAGGCAUGGUCUGCCUUCAUCGACAUGCCAGAGUUGGUGACACAUGCCCGCAACAACCACCAACGCUGGCGUGAGUUGGAUGAAGCUGGGGUCACCACCAUUGCUGAUGUUAAACGCGCUCAAAGACAAGCUUUGCCUUCUUCCACCUCACAACCCACUGCCGAAGAGUAAAAAUAACCUUAAUUUUGAUUAACUAAGCAACUGUCGGCCAUGUUGCCCCAAGGUGUUGUCUAAAGCCCCGUUUUGACACAAGCGGGUUUUAUCCCUGGGGUUAAAAGCAAUGUGCUGUUGGAAUAUAAAUUGGACUGAAGUUCAGUAAUUCACUUCCUUCAUUACUCGAUAAACAGGUCCCGAUUAAUUAUAUAUUCUGCACUCUUUUCUAAAAAAAUUACACAAUUGCAAAAAGUUUAUAAUGUUUGUAACUUGGCCAACAUUAAUCAUAUUAUUCAAUUCCCAUUACUAAUUGUCCAUUACUUUUAACCACAUUCAGCAUAAUUCUUAAAGACCGAGUCAGUCUAAAGAUAUCGGCUUUUUACAACAAACUUUACAAGACAGACCUCAUUGUUAGACUGUUCACCUAUCUUUCACUCACAACUCAUCUUUCUGCAAUGAAUUUCCAAAUCGGGGCCAAAUAAUAGAAUUGAUAAACAAAUGUACGAAAUAUGCCAAAGUACUCGUACAAGGAGAGUGACUUUUCUGCAUUUGCAUUGAAUGUGAAUGUUUACGUAAAAAGUCUGAAACGGACAUAGCCUACGGAUGUCCGGAAAUACGCUUAUUUUAUAUACUUAUAUCCGUGUUAGUAUAGUUCAAAUGUUACUAUCUACUUAGUUUUAAUCCCGUAUGUUUGUCGCGAAUCGGUUUUAUUUUUCGAUGUUGUCUUUAAUAUUAGGGACAAUGAUAUAGGAAUAAACUGGGAGAUGUGUUAUUAAGGUUAAACAAAAAUAAUAGAUACUUUCUUUAACAUAUAACCAACUUUUAAUGUAUUCUUAUGCAGUGUAAUUGCUUGUCUGAACAUGAUUAGAAUUGAAUAAUUGUUUUAGGAUAUUCCAUUUACCUAGGAAAGCUAAUGAACACGCGAAAUAUAGUAUGAUAUAAACAAUUAAUUCGAAUAAGCUUCAACAUUGUAGUGAAUAUUACAAACUUAUCUGUGUGUAUUUGGGUUAAAACAAAAUUUUAAAAAACAAUAUCUGAGCUUAAUUUUAAGUUCGGUACUAAAUGAUUAGGAUUCCUUUAUAAUCUGCCGACAACACAACUUUAUUUAAUAGCACAUUUGUCUUUUUGUCCUUGUAUCAUUGAAAUAUUGUAUUCGAUGUACGGUUGCCAUUUAGACGGGUAUUGUUGUGUAGAUAAUAUUACCGUGACAGCAGUGCCAUAUUUGUUGUUGGCAACAUUUCUAUGACUUGUAAUUCAUCCCUGCGAACCAUGACAAGAAGCAGACUUAAGAUUCAUGUCAAAUUGGUCCACAUAUACUUGAGCUUUGAGAAUAUUCCUAUUUUUAUACAAUAUUUUUAACAUUUACCAAUCUUGGUCUGGUCAUAUCAAAAUUCAAAAUUUUUCGAACGUUUUGAACAGAAUUUUUCUAAUAAAGGAUGUUUUCUUUCAUUCCUUAUAUACAUGUAUUUUAUACUUACGUAGAAUAUAUUGAAUGUUAACAUAAUUUAUAAAGAUUAACGUCGCUUGGACCUUUUUUCAUUUAAGUAUUUUCGAAAAAGGCUAACUUGUACUAAAUGUAGAUUGUAUUCGUCUAUAUGACGCUGGUAAUUUUACAAUAGGCGUAAUGUUUAAAAUAAUUAUUGAAUAUGACGCUUUCUCGUGCUCAAUGUCAAUAUAAACGGUCUAAUGUUAAUUGAUAGAUGUUGUAAUUUUGCCUUUUCGAUUAUUGUAAACAAUUCUUGCAACUUAUUUAGUAGAAUACGGUGUUCAAUCUCAUAUUAUGACUGUGUGUUAUUGAUAAAAAUAUAUUUAACCGUUUUCGUAUACUAACAAAGCACAUUUUAGAGACAAAUAAAUAUUAUUUGCUAAGUAGCUCAAAUCGAAACUUAUCUAGCUUCUAAUCAAAACCAUUUUGGAUUUAUAACUAAUUAAUGUGCAUAUUUUGGUUUAUUACUUUUCGUUUUCGGAGUAUUGCCCAAAUUGUAUUCAUCGGCAAUAUUUUCAAAUACUGGCGACACUUGCUGUAUUUAAAUUUCUUAAACUGCGUCGCCUAGGAGUCAAAUGAAUGGCUAUGCAUUACUUUCUUUAUUUUUCUUCUAAUCCCAAGUCUACUUGGGAGUGCUGCACAAUAAGUAUCGUAAUUUUGGUGUAUAGUUGAAAGGGCUGGUCCCAGGCAUUGUGAAAACAGUGUUACUUAUAGAAAAACUAUUUGUACUAAUAAAUCUGUUAAUAUUUUCUCAUUGAAUAGCAAUCUUUACAUCUGAAGAACUCUGCUAAUGUCAUUUAUACUACUAAGUUCCAGUUACGUACAAAUGUUUAACGUUACAAUGGCUUUUAUGAGUAAAACAGCGGGGAUACUCUGUAAGAACUAAAGCGAUUUACUAUGAAUCCAAAAAUUUACUCGAAGGCUAUUUUUUAUGUGUGUGUAAUGUAACCGUGUAUUAUCCAUAGAAUAAAUUGCUAUACACUUACAGGGUAAGCCAACUGUUAGGUUCUGUUUAGUUUUUAAAUUAAAAUGUGAAUUCUAGUGUUUUUGGGACUAUAUAACUCCAAAUCGUAGAUUCGUCAAAUUCAACAGAAAUUUAACCAACCAAGGAAACCAACUUCUGGCUCUGUUUUUUCAAAAUGAUUACAUGUUUAUCCCAUUAUGAAUGACAUUGUUAUGUGUUGUAAAUAAAAUAAAAACAUU